AUGAGAAUUAGCCACUGUGACACAGCCAAACAAGCUUGGGAUCUACUUCAGGUUACUUAUGAGGGAAACAAGAAGGUUAGAGGUCAGAAGCUUCAAAGACUCGUAUUGGAAUUUGAGAACAUGACCAUGGGGGAAGAUGAAUCAAUUGAUGAUUUUCAUGCUCGACUUCUCAAUGUGACAAACCAAUGCUGUAGCCUUGAUGAUCCAUUUGAGGAGCAUCGAAUAGUCAAGAAAUUUCUCAAAGCUCUUCCUUCAAAAUUUCAAGCCAAGCAAAUUGCAAUAGAGGAGACUCAAGACCUGGACACCUAUUCUCUUGACAAACUUAUAGGUAAUCUCAAAACAUUUGAGAUGAGGAUCAAGCCCGAGAAAAAGUGUGGUGGAAUUGGUCACCUUGCUGCCGAUUGUGGCAAUAAAAGGUAUUUGCGUGGAAACAAGGCUCUAAAAUCUACUUGGAGUGAUAGUGAUGAAGGCUCUCAGUCAGAUGGUGAAGAGGUAAAUCUUGCUCUUACUUCCUCUCUUAAUAUUGAUGUUUCUGAUAAUUCUGAUUUAGAAGAUGACACUUUUGAUGAAGAAACAAAUGUAAAAUGCAAGCAAUUGUAUAAUGCCUCAAGAAUUGUUCUUAAGAAAAAUAAUAAACUUGAAGAGGAAAUUGAAUUCUUAAUGGGUGAGAAAGAGAAGAUUGAGAAAAGAUUUGAAUUAUCCUUGAAAGAAUGGGAAGAUGAGCGUACUGACCUUGUUGCUAAGAUAAAUGUUUUGCAGGGUAAGGUCAAGUCUCAAAAUUGGGACAAGGAGCAUGAUGAGAUUACUAACAAAAUCAAAGUUUUGCAGGUUGAAAUUAAGGCUCAAUCUUCCUUAAAUGUGUCUCUAACCCUUGAGAAUGAGAAAUUGCAGGAAGAAUUAUUGAGGGUCAAGGAAAGCUUUAACAAAUUCUCCAUUGGAUCUGAAAAAGUCUCUAAGAUGAUGGGAAUUGGCAAAGCUCAUGGCAAUAAAGAAGGAUUAGGAUAUAAUGAUGAAUCCUGCAAACCAGUGGCUUUUGUAUAA